UAUAUAUAUAUAUAUAUAACGCAUAAUAUAUACACACACAUUAACCAACGCACACAAACGUAUCACUCACUACUACUUUUGCAACAACAAUAACAACAACUACUACUACUACUACCACCAUCAUUACCGCAACCGCUCUUGUAUAUAUAUAUAUACAUAUAUGUGCGUGCGUGUGGAUGAAAAUAAAAAAGAAAAUAAAUAAACCCUUACACCAACACAGCAAACUCUUACUCUAACAAACGUCGAUUUGAAGUGUGUGUGUGUGUGUGUGUGUGAGGGGCAAAAGAGUGUCGCUAUUUCGUGUAUAUAUAUUUGAAACCUCAUUCAAGCAUCAGCAGUGAUACGUGUAUGCGUAAAGUCUUUAAUAUUUACGCAUAAUAUUUUCAACACAACAACAACAACAAUAAUAAUAAUUAUCAAGUAUAUGCGUAUGUUUCAUCAAAAUCGUUGCGGAAAUAAUAAAAUAUGAUGCUAUGCACAUCAGCGCCUAUGAAGCAUGCUUAGAGCGUAUCGCUGAAGAGUUAAUGGGGCUUAGGAAAUGGAAGCAAUACCAAGAGACAUUAAUGCGAAGCUAUUUGAAUUCAGAACAAUUUGUUGCAAUAAUCGACGACAACGCAAUCAUACAGAAGAAAGACCUGGAUAAAUUGGCAGAUACAGAAGACAACAACCACCGCGAACAAAAAGAUAGAAAGACCGAAAACCGUUUUAUUGAAUCCAGUAAUUAUCCACAACAACAACAACAACAACAAGCAUCACAAAAUCUUACACAAAUAAAUUGUGUAGAAAAUAAUUCAUCAUUCACCGAAUCACUAGCCAAUAACAAUAACAAUAACAUCACACCGAAUACCCUUAAAGCAAAUAUUGAUUUAGAAUUGCCGGUGAGUCCAUCACAACCGCAAUCGCCAGCAUCACAAACGCAUAUUGAACCUGAACCCAUCGAUUGGAAACCGAAUGAUAAGUGUUAUUUUUGCAUUAACGGUAAAUUACUCACAGUGAACGCCAAGGGUGAAUUGGUGGCCGAAUCCGGCCCAACCGGGUCAGAAACGGACCACAUGCAAAGACUUGAUUGCGAUACGGAUUCUAAUGAAUCGUCCACACUAACGGCCAACGUAAACAAUUUACCCUUUACGGGUGGCCCUCUAACCGAAAGUAAUCGCAUAACACUGAAUAAGCUUUUAACGCCGCAUCUGAAAACAAUGACCUCAAUGGAUUCGAUGGCGGUACGUUUAGCUGCCAUUCAAUCAAUAUCGGGGCAAUUACUUCCAAAUUUUAAUUGGAUGGGUCAACAGCAGCAAUCAUCAACACAAGUAACGCAGCAACAGCAACAACAACAACAGCAGCAACAACAACAACAGCAACAACAACAACAACAGCAAACACAACCGCAACAAAAUGUUUCGGUUACACCAACUACCUCAGAUACAUUAGCGGCCGCUAUAAGUCCCACGCUAAAGGAAUCGCCGAAUUCCAGUGAUGCAACCGGUGAACAACCUUUAGAUUUAAGUUCCAAACCAUCUCCAAAUUCAUCGCUUAUUGGUGAUUUAAAGAGUGUGAGAAUUAGAUCGGCGCGCUCUACACCCGUUCCUUCAACACGUCGCAUCUAUAGCGAGGACGAUUUGAAUAAUGCGUUGCAUGAAAUUCUUAGUGGUAGACUGGGGACACGUAAAGCGGCCGUGCAAUAUAAUGUACCGCGUUCAACGUUACGCAACAAAAUCUAUAAGCUAACAAUGGAGGCAAGACGUAAUAAUGAGCAAACACCCCCGGAAUUAUUACAAUUACAGCAGGAACUAGAAAAAGAUUUGUCGGGCGAUGAAGACGAGAUUAGUAACUCAUCUACGCCACAAACUGAAGAGCUUGCCACCCGUAUUGCCACACCAGUUAUGUUAAGGAAGCUUCAAUGUUCCAGUAACGUAGAUAACGAUUUAGGAGGCAAUUCAGACGAACCGCGUCGUACGCAUAUUUCACCGAAACCAGCACAUCUAGAUUCCUCAAAACCGCAAACAAGUGAUAUUCUGCCCGAACCAUCACCGCAACCGCCACAGAUACCAGCGAUUGAUACAAAUACCAGCGCCCUACUAUUACAAACGCUGCUCCUAUCCGAUAAAAAUUUACGCGAUCUCUUCAGUGCAUUGCUAUUAAAUUCAACCAUUAAUCUAAAGGAUAUUCUACUGGGGGCCACAACAGCUGCUGCUAAUAAUUCAGCAGCGUCAAGUGAAAACAAUAAUUUGAGCAGCAGCAGCAGUAGCCACGCUGCAAAUACACCCGACUAUCGACCACUUUUGCAAUUGCUACUGCAACAACAGCAACAGCAACAAGUACAGCAACAGCAGCAACAAGCCAAUACAUUACAAACGCAAUACGGUGUUAAUCGUUGCGUACCAAAGUCUGAAACACCCGAAACCAGUUCGUCUCUGGAUCCUAAUGAAAUCUGUGAUGAUCCAUCGGCGAUACUAAAAAUUCCGUCCUACACUCCAGUGGCAGGUACCUCAUCGACUUUGGGAGCAAGUAGCUCUCGUGGUUCAGUUUCGCCGGCUUUGCUUUGCAAUAACAGCAAUAGCAAUUCAAAUACUAAUCGCAACGGCGACAGCCCUGGACCGUUGUUACUGGCUGCUGCUGUCAAUGCUGCCAAAAAUCAAUUGAGCAGCAACAGCCUUUCCGUUACACCGCCUCUACUACACUCAGGAGUGGAAUCUCAGUCGCCGCAAUCGCUUAGAAUGUGCGAUGUCAUAGCGAAUAGCAUACAUCGCACAAUGAAUGAACAAGCGAACAAAGAUGUUCAUGCUGCCGCUGUGUCUAUGUUGGGACUAGGGCCAGAUAGCGAACGUCAAAGUGUCUCCGAUUAUAAAAAGCCGACGAUAUCGGUAGUGAAAAAUAUAGGUGGCACGGAUACAUCACGUUUCGGAUCAGCUCCUAAUCUAUUGGCCGCUGCAGCAGCAGCAGGUCACAAUUCCCAUCACCAUCAUCAACCGCCGCCACAUCUGCAGCAUGGUCAUCAUACAGCUGCUCAUCAUCUUAGCCGGCAAGAAGCCGCUGCACUAGCAGCGGGCAAAGGUACUCGGCCGAAACGUGGAAAAUAUCGCAAUUACGAUCGCGAUAGUCUGGUAGAAGCGGUAAAGGCGGUGCAACGAGGUGAGAUGUCCGUUCAUAGGGCGGGAAGUUAUUACGGUGUACCACAUUCUACGCUUGAAUAUAAAGUGAAAGAGCGUCAUUUAAUGCGACCUCGAAAACGAGAACCUAAGCCGCAGCCUGGCUUAGAUGGCACCAGCAGUAGCAGUAGCACGAAAACUAAUACUAACAUUCCAACAGGAUUAAAUAGUCUCGAUAAAUUGAAAGCAGGAAAUAGCGGCAAUGCCAAUGUAAAGCUGAGUGGAGCUAUGAAAAGCAAUGGUACGCCUGGUACAUCUGUUUUUUCUAGUAAUACUGGUAACGGUAUGAAAUUGCCUAUAUUUGAUCCCGCACUUGCCCAUCUAUCAUAUGCCCCGCAUCUGUUUUGGCAACAUCCUCAAGCAGCGGCAUUUAGCCAGUUACAAAUGGACUUUAACCGCAAUUCAACAGUAGCACCUAGCAGCAGUUCACCCACAGACAGCAGUAGUAAUAUACUCAAGACCCAUAUGCAUCGUUAUCAGGAUACAGCUAACGCUGUCGGAAAUGUUCCUGUUGGUGGUGCGGGUGUGGGCAACACCACCACAAACUCCUCAAAUGCACCCAGUCCUAUUGCUAGCCCAUUAUCAGGGCAAGACAUUAACAGAGCACGCGAACUAUAUGAAAGCAGUGCGGCCAAUGGAGCAUCUUUCCUGGAUGGUAUAAUACGCAAAACACUUGAUCGGAAAAGUGGCGAUAUUACAACACCGCCAGGAAGCGCAAGUGGAGUUUUACUAGAUCAGUUACUAAUGAAAAAGACGCCCAUGCCCUUUACAAAUAAUCGUGGCAAUGAGUACAAUAACAUCUCGCCCUCUGGCUCAGGUCCUAUUAAACGAUCAGGUAGUUCACUGUCGUUAACGGCGACAAAUAUUAAGCGAGAACGUACCUCACCUCACAGCGGCAGUGAAGACGAUGAUACCUCUCAAAGCGGUAACGAUGAAAGCUAUGAGACUAAUAACAACAACAAUAAUAAAAGUAUAAAAGCAGCGCUAGAAAAUCAACGCAGUCGCUUAGGCUCACGAGAUUCAGCUUCUGAAACCGAUACUAGCAGUUUGAAAAGUGAAAUACAGCACAACAAUAGUGGCCAUCAUCUGCUUAAUAGUAGCAGUAAUAGUAAAUUGCCUGAUUUGAACGGAGGCAGUACGAUAGCCGUUAAAACCGAAAUACCUGCACUCGAAACCGGCACUUCGAUACUACAAGAGAAACUCUCGCAAAUCAAAGCCGAACAAGCCGAAGCCGAUGAGAAUUUAUAGAAACAAAUGCAAUACGGCAAUAUGACAUAUGCCGGCCAUUCGACCUGGUACGAACAUCAAUGGUACGGGCUAAGCAGUAGUGAAACUUUAGCAAAUAACUAUUACGGCUACUGAAGGCUGAAGAAGAGUGCUGAAAUAUCUUUAAAGCUAAAGGCACACAUAACCUAAUAGAGAGAAUUAGUGAAAAUAAGAUAAAUGAGAUGAGAAAUUGUGUAGGUUUUUAAGAAAAACCGAAAACGGAAUUAGUCAAAAAAAAAAAAAAA